CAUAAAUAGCAGGAGGGACCCUCAGCUUCUGCAGUCCCACUCUCACUCCCUCUCUCACACUUAAUCAUCUGGCAUAACAAUGUGGACUCGGGCUAGUGCACUGCUGCUCCUCGCCUGCUGCCUCUGGGCAGUGGAGGGUCAGAACGAGAACGGCAAUGGCAACACGAGGGCAGGCAAUGGUGGUGGUGCUGCUGCUACUGCAGAGAAUGGGAAGAGUGUCUGGGAGGACCCCAUCCAGUUCAACAACAAAGCAAAGGACUUGUGCACCAUGAGCGUCACCGGCCAGGGAGAUGUCACCAGGCUGAGGAUAUCCUGCCAGGGUGCAGAGAGAACCUACUGGUGCGAGUACACGGGCAAGCCCCAGAUGUGCCGUGCCUACAACAACAACCCUCGCCAUUAUUUCACCCAGAUCAUGUGGGACCUGAGGAAACUCCAGAACGCCUGCCAGGCACCCAAGGCUAUCAAGCCUCAGAUGUGCAAGAGGGCACCGGAAGACGCCCAGAUGUUGUUCUCCGCUUCCUCCACGCCAGAGGCAGCAUCAGCAGCCACCCCCCAAAAGCCGGAGAAAACCCAAGAGUCAACCCAGGCGAAACCAGAGACCCCCAAGACACCGAUCGUCAAGCAGGCUAAGCCAGCCGCAACCAAGCCUGAGCAGCCAAGACCUGAGCCAGCAAAACCAGAAGCAAGACCAGCAUCUACAAAGCCAGUGCAAUCCAGACCUGUGCAGGCAAAACCAGCAGCUGCAAAACCAGCAGGAGCAAAACCAGCAGUGAACAAGACAGCAGUACUGAAAAAGAUUCUGACACCCAAACCAACCACUCCAAAACCAACCAAGCCCACUGUCAAGAGCAAUGCCAAAAAGAUUGCACAAGAGUAUUGUUGGCAGUCACUUCAAGGCAUCUGUUCCUAUGUCAUUGGUUGGUUUCAGAACUAAUAAUAAAGAUUUAGAUUUCCUGGGAAGAUGAUUUCAAAGGUCUGACUAAAGAGGUGCUCAGAGUGGUUUUCCAGAUGAGGACUUUGUUAAUAAAUGUUAUAGAAGAGAGUUUGAACACCCUCUUCAUGGGAAUGAUCGUGCUGACAUUUCUGUCAAUCAAACAUCUUUCCAGCCAGCCAUUUUACCAUGAGUUGUGAGUGUUCCAUUGAGACCAAUACCAAUCCAAAUUAUUUUGUGAAAUUGUAAUUCCAAGGGUCACAAUAACAACUGAAAGCAUCCAUACCUGAAUGUGUGGAUCGGGUAUGGACAGAUAGUUAAAUCCAUCGUCUUUCACAUGGUACUCAUUUUGUCAAAAAUGAGUACCAUGGUUUUUGUGUCAGAAAGCACUCUACACAUUCCGACAAACCUAUGGUACCCUAUGAUGUACUCUCCUAAGGCAGAUACACCAUUGGUUUUGCCAUUUUUUUGUAUGUUUGUUUAUGUGUACGUUUGUAUUACCAUAAACCACGUAUUGAAUAUGCUGUGUUGGGGGAAAACAUGACAAGGUUUUUGUGUCAUUCACAUAGUAGUGUGGCAUAUUCUGCAAACUCUUCCACUGGUUCAUUGUACAGAAAUGUCACAAUCAAUGUAUGAAUGACUGUAUAUAAUGAAUAAAGUGUGUUCUUAAUUUUU